AUGCUAUCUUCGCGGAUAUCGCAAUCGCCCGGCCGUCAAUUGCUCUCUAGAGCUCCGAUUGUUCCACCUACAGCCUUUUACAACCACCGAAUCCGCGCCUUCCACGCUACAGCUCCCCGCAAAGAUGCCGCCGUCGACGCACUCCUCUACCUCCCCCACGAAAUGAUAUCCUUGAUACACGCCUACGUCCCUUGGUAUGCCACGCUCCCGCUAUCUGCCUUCAUAAUCCGCGGCCUCCUCGUCACCACCGCCGGCUCGUACGCGCACGCCCUGACCGCCCGCUACAUCGGCACGCACCCAGUGCGACAGGCACUCGCCUACCAGAAGCGCCAAGAGCUCAUGCUCCGUGGCGGGUACAGCAACCCUAAGCAAGCCAGAACCGCCAUAGCCAAAGCCGUGAAGGAGGAAGUGUCCGCGCUAGAUAAACGCUGGAACUGCACCAUCUGGGGCCAAGCUAGUUGGACGAUAGCACAGAUACCGAUAUUCUUCACCAUGGCCGAGAUCAUACGGCAAAUGUGCGGGACAAGGGAUGGGCUGCUGGGUAUAGGCUUGAGUACAUUGGGGUUGAAGAGCGGGACAGGAACGGUGCAUGGGGUUGCGUUGGAUCCGAAUCCGUGGUUCCAACCUUCGCUCGCAGACGAGGGCAUGCUGUGGUUUCCGGACCUGCUUGCUGCCGACCCGUUUCUACCGUUUUGUGUAUCCGCACUUAUGUUUACCAACGUGUACAUGUCCAAGCAGGGGCUCAGCGCGGACCCGGACGCAGCGCCUACAUUCUCUAAGAUGGUGAGGAGAGGCCUGAUGGGUGCGAGUCUCUUGGUUGGGCCCUUGUGUCAGGAUCUUCCUGCCGCUUUGAUGCUGUAUUGGGCCGGCAGUACGUCGAGCGUCAUCCUGUGGAACUUCUGGCUCGACUGGAGAUACCCAGCACCACGAGGCUUCAUGGCCUGCAAGCGACCGCUGACGAUGCUGGGAUCACCGGGAUCAAAUGCGAAAAUAACGCCUGGCCUGGGGUUGCCAAUGACUAAAUCGAAAACCAUGAUCCCGCAGAUGCAAGGAAAGAGGCGGCAGCGCAUCUAA